GGAAGUUGUCAGUGACAGUACUCUUUACGUGGUUUAUGUAUUUGAGGUUGAGCUUUCGAACUACAACUUGAGUUUGCUGCUGUGUGUAUUUUAGCAUAGAAUGGCUCGUUACUUCAGGGAACAGGAUAUUGAUGAAUUUCGUGAUUGUUUUUAUCUCAAUGCCCGCAGUGGUCAGAUACGUAAUUUAGAUGAGCUUACUCUUAUAAUGAGGUCACUUGGGAUGAACCCAACUAUUACAGAACUGAAGAAAUAUUUUAAAGACAAAGGUGGAAAGAUUUCAUUUGCUGAUUUUUUGGAUAUUAUGCACACGCACACAAAGAAAGAGAAUGUUCCGGAAGAAAUAAUGAAAGCAUUUAGGGCCACUGAUAAAGGAAAAAGUGGACAGGUUUCUGCUCGAGAACUGCGACGUAUUCUUGUUAACUGGGGGGAGAAACUGAGCUCUAAAGAAGUGGACCGCAUCUUCAGGGAAGCCAAUAUAUCUCCAAAUGGGUAUGUCAGAUAUGAAGAUUUUGUUCGUGUUGUUUGUGCUCCAGUACCAGAUUAUUACUAAUUUCUUGUGUAUUUAAAGACUUGCAUGUAAAAAAUUUAUCAUGUUCAAAAUUUUGUUUAUCAAGAAUUAAUUUAUGGUUUUAUGUGGUUGUGGAAAACUGUGAUUUUCUUCUAUUAUGAUUAAUGAAAGAAAAAUAAAUCUUGAUUUUGAAUAUUUUUUUUAAGUAUUUAA